AUGACGCUCCAGCCUCUCGCGGACCCCGGAAGUGCAACUUGAACUUGUUCGGGGCGCGGAUCCCGAGAGAGAAAGUCACUCGGGCCGCACGAGGGAGUUCGCCAGGGCGCGCUGGAAGGCCACGCCUCCUCCCGCCUCCCCUCGCAGCCCCGCAGCCGCGGGCAGAGCUCAGACUGUCUUCUGAAGAUUGAUGUCUAUUUCCUUGAGCUCUUUAAUUUUGUGCCCAUUUUGGAUAAGCAUGGCACAAAUCCAGCAGGGAGGUCCAGAUGAAAAAGAAAAGACUACAGCACUGAAAGAUUUAUUGUCUAGGAUAGAUUUGGAUGAACUAAUGAAAAAAGAUGAACCACCUCUUGAUUUUCCUGAUACCCUGGAAGGAUUUGAGUAUGCUUUUAAUGAAAAGGGACAGUUAAGACACAUAAAAACUGGGGAACCAUUUGUUUUUAACUACCGAGAAGACUUGCACAGAUGGAAUCAGAAAAGAUACGAAGCUCUAGGAGAGAUCAUCACAAAGUAUGUAUAUGAGCUUCUGGAAAAGGACUGUAAUUUGAAAAAAAUAUCUAUACCAGUAGAUGCCUCUGAGAGUGAACCAAAGAGUUUUAUCUUUAUGAGUGAGGAUGCUUUGACAAAUCCACAGAAACUGAUGGUUUUAAUUCAUGGUAGUGGUGUUGUCAGGGCAGGUCAGUGGGCUAGAAGGCUUAUUAUAAAUGAAGAUCUGGACAGUGGCACACAGAUACCAUUUAUUAAGAGAGCUAUGGAUGAAGGAUAUGGAGUAAUAGUUUUGAAUCCCAAUGAAAACUAUAUUGAAGUAGAAAAGCCGAAGAUACAUGUACCGUCAUCUUCUGAUAGUUCAGAUGAACCAGCAGAAAAACGGGAAAGAAAAGAUAAAGUCUCUAAAGAAACAAAGAAGCGACGUGAUUUCUAUGAGAAGUAUCGUAACCCUCAAAGAGAAAAAGAAAUGAUGCAGUUGUAUAUCAGAGACAAUGGUUCUCCUGAAGAACAUGCGAUCUAUGUGUGGGACCAUUUCAUAGCCCAGUCGGCAGCUGAGAAUGUAUUUUUUGUUGCUCACAGCUAUGGAGGACUUGCUUUUGUUGAACUAAUGAUUCAACGAGAAGCAGAUGUGAAAAGCAAGGUAACUGCUGUGGCACUGACAGACUCUGUUCACAAUGUGUGGCAUCAAGAAGCUGGCAAAACCAUUCGAGAGUGGAUGAGAGAGAACUGCUGUAAUUGGGUCUCUAGCUCAGAACCAUUAGACACUUCAGUGGAGUCCAUGCUGCCUGACUGCCCCCGAGUCUCUGCAGGCACGGACCGUCACGAGCUCACUUCCUGGAAGAGCUUCCCUUCUAUUUUCAAAUUCUUUGCCGAAGCCUCUGAGGCCAAGAGCAGCUCCCUGAAGCCGGCGCUGGCGCGGCGCUCGCACCGCAUCAAGCACGAAGAGCUGUAAGAGCAGCGCGAGCGCGACGGGGCGGGACGCCGGGACGCACACUCGAGCCUGCACCGCCGGCCCCUCGCCGCUCGUCGCCAGCGAGCAGACGCCCAGCCCCUCAUUAGAUUGUUUUCUUCCCAGAGCACAGGGUCGUGAUAUAUACAUCUAAAUAGCGUUUUGCAUUAUUUCUAGAUGAGUGCAACUGUCAAAGCAAUAUGGGUUCACCGGUCUGCUUCCUGCGGGCCGAGCUCGGCUUCGCGCUGCCCGUCAGCGCUCAGAUGAAGGCUGACAGCGCCUGCCCCGCGCGCCCGCGCCUCUAAUUGCCCCAGCCCGGCCCGCGCGGGGCUGCGGGGUGAGCGGCGUCUGCGCGGUCCUACCACCCGCUGCUGCGCAGCCGCCGCUCCCCCUCCCCGCCUCGGCAGGCCCCCCUUAAUCACGUUUAUUUUUUUCCCCUCUCCCAGCAGAAGCAAACUUUUAUUCUAGACUUCAAACUUCCCUUUUCAGUAGGUUUUUCACUGAGGGCGUCUUAGGCCUCUUUUUUUAAGGAAGUUGCCCCCUCACACCCAGAAAAGCCAAAUUUAAAUUCAGAGCAUGAAUGCCAUGAUGUACUGUAGUUUGGGGAGCGCAAAUGGUUCUCUCCCUAACGAUCUAUUUUCAUUUCCAGACCAGAAGAAAAACUUUGCAUAAAAAAUCUAUGAAGUACUGAAUGCACAUUACCGCUGAAAAUCUUUUCCAGUUGAAUAUGACAUUUUUUACACAAGUCUCUAAAACAUAACGUGGAACAAAUCUUUAAGUACAUGUGUGAAGGCCCCCUUUUCAAUGGAAUUUCCAACUUUAUCAUUAGAAUUGACUUUACUUUUUAAAAUAUAAUGUAUAUUGAGUGGCAUUGUAAUUUAGAUAGCAUACUUAAGUUUUGCUUUUUAAAUCUUAAUGUGGGUAAAGUUUGUUAAUCCUGACUAGAAUGAUCUAUUCUGAUCUUUCAUGGAGUUAGACCCUUUUAGGGACAGAAUUUUUAUCGUCAUAGGGAAAAUGUACCUGUGCACUCUUGAGCCUUUCCUUCUGGAAGGCUAAGUGGGCUAAAAUGAUUCUUUUAGUUUUCUGCUCCAACAGAAAGGGAAAGACCUGCUGUGAAAGAUUUUUCUCCUCUCAAUCCAGUGAUACAACUUUUAGCAGUCCACUUCCUCUGUAGGGUUGUGCCCUACAGUUUCAACUAUUAACUAUUUUAAUCCAGCUAAGAUCUGGCCAACACUGUGAAAUAUAAGAGGUAAAAUAAGUUAAGAUUUUGCUGACUUUUACAUCAAAUAUUAAAUCUUAACAUUAUCAUUUUAAUUACUUGAAGAAUUUAAUUACCUAGUGAGGAUUCUGUUUCUAAUAGAUGAGGAUCUGAAUUUAAUCUUCAUUUGUUUGUGAAGUGUAUGCAACAAUAUGACCGCCUUACUUGAGGACAUGAUAAAAUGUACCCAAAAUGACUUAGAAUUGUCUGCCUCCUCAGAAAAAAAAUAACUUAAAAUAACCACCUCAUGAGUAAAAUGUUUUUAUAUUAUGAACUGAUUUCAGCAACGUUUUAAAAUUGAUAACAUCUUUGGUAUACAAAUAUAGUUAUUAGUUCAUGUAGUUUUAAGAAUGGCAAAUUAAAGUGAUAUUUUUCAAUGAUCAUAUAUGCAUAUACUUUCAGAGUUAUUUUAGAAACAACAUAGGAAAAAUCAAAACAUCAUAUUAUCUAGCUUCUGGAUAAGUUAAAAUGUGUAACCCCAACAAUGCCAAGCCCUUCGGUCUGCAGUCUUUUCUAUUCUAGAAGUAAUGGUGAACUGUAUGAAAGAGGUAACUUCCAUUGAGAGGAUUUGAGAAUUGAUGUAGAUUGAAUAUAUUUUUCAAAGUGUUAUAAACUGUGUUUCCAAAACAUGAAAAUAUUCACGGGAAACUAAUUCUGUUGCCUUUUUUUAAAAUCAGCACUUAUGAGAUGCUAAAUUUGUGAUGCUUCUGCAGCUGAAUUAGAGCAAAGUAAAUAUGCUCAGCUUAUAAACCAAAUCACUCCUGUUUCUUAGAUUUUCUCACCUCUCUUCUUAAAAAACCGUUACUUUUAACUAGAGUAAAUCACUGUUAAAUUGCCUUUAAUAGUUUAAAACUACUGGGUUGUUAGGCCUUAUUUAACUAUCUAUAGAGCUAUUUGCAAUCUUAAGCUGUGUAAAUGUAAUUUCUACCUGUGAAUCUGAGCUGUGGCCACCGGAAGAGAGCUAGGCAAACCAUCCCAGACCUCCAACUGAUAACUGAGAAGAUUCUUUGCAAUGUAGGCUUUCUUAACCUGUUGAUUAUAGGUCUGUUGGUAUAAAUGUAAUAAUAUCUUCACCACAAUUUUGCUGGAGUAACAAUGAUCAGUUGGUAGCAGCUCUUCUGCUUCGAGGCGACAAGUGUUAAUAUUUUUGCUCUGAUCUCCCCAAUUUGGUUUCUUUAGACAGGGUUUGUUUUGUGUUUUUUUGGAGAGUAGAGGUUUACAUUUAGGAUUUGGAUUUUCUUGUUAAUUAUAUACUCGGUUCUUACAGCAAGUGGAAUGGGGAGCAGAGUUGUUGAUAAAUCUGAGAUUCAAAAUCAUCCUGUUAAAACUUAAAAAGCUAGAUAUUGCAAUGCUUUGGAACUUUCUAAAGGUACCUAACCAGGCAGCCAUUAAAAGUUUUUAUGAUAUUUGAAGGGGACGGGGGGAGUCUACUUGUAAUAAUUGUUCUUUUCUCAAGUUUCCACCUUGUGCUUUAACCUGGAUUACAUUAUUGUGUAUACCAAAAGUAAAGCACAGGAGUUUCCUAUAUAUUAUAUAUUUCUGUUUACCAUUUUAAAAUAAAAACAAUUUUCCCAACAA